CGCAGAAUUUACGUACAGAACGUUGACAUCUCUUUGCGAGAACAGCACGAAUGUGAAUCAAUUCCUUGUGGCACGGAUAGAAUGGCUGAGGCGACUACGGCAACUGGUGGUGAUCAUCGAUUGUGGAUUGGUAAUUUGGACCCGAGAAUUACGGAGUACCAGUUGUUGCAAAUACUCAAAAGGUACGGCGAUGUGAAGGAAUUUGAUUUUCUAUUCCAUAAAUCCGGUCCAAAUGUUGGUAAACCAAGGGGAUAUUCGUUUGUUAACUACAGUACAAAAGAGGAAGCAGAAAAAGCCAUGAAAAAUUUAGAUGGUAAACUGGCGCUAAGUAAAAAAUUGUCUGUAUGUUGGGCACAACCUCAUAACAAGAAUCGGGCUGACUAUGGGAAGUCUUCAAAGCAGAAGUUUCCUGUUUGUAUGGGUGGUCCAAGUGUGGGGACAUCACAGAGACAAAUGAGCACUGAAACCAAAAUCCGAGCAAUAGAAGCCAAAUUGAACUCUAUGGAGAAAAACGACGAUGAGUUUACUGUUUUUCCGGACUCAGGAAUGAAAGCUUUAAUGCAGUCUAGGACUAAACCUCAGGGAAAAUAUAACAACAACCGAACAGACUACUCAAAAGGUCGAAGAAAGCCUUAUGACCGGAAAAGAUAUUGAUGUGGUUUAUAUAGCAUUUAAACAGAAGUUUGACAUUUGUCAUUGAAGAUUUUGUGGACAAUAUCAGAUUUGGUUUUGAUGUGAUAAAAAAUCAAGGAAAACUAAGAAGUCUAAAAGGACAAGCACUUUCAUUUUGUGAGAUAAAUGUUUUUUUUUUAAAUUUCAUAAAGUAAGUUGUUGAAAGUCAUGACAUUUUGUAACUGACAAUUUCACUGGGGUCCCGAA